AAUACCCGUUUUCUUUCUCUUCUUGCACACUGCCUUCUCCAGCAGCUGCACCACAACUACAGCGAAGAGAGAAAAAGGAAAAAAAGCGUCGUCGUUUUUGGUUCUUCUUCUUCUUCUUCCCUCUCUCUCUUACUCUGAAGCUCCUCUUCGUUCUUUCAUUUACUCAGUAUUGUAAAAGAUGGCCGACGGUGAGGAUAUUCAACCCCUCGUCUGUGAUAAUGGAACUGGAAUGGUGAAGGCCGGUUUUGCUGGUGAUGAUGCUCCAAGGGCAGUUUUUCCCAGUAUCGUUGGUCGUCCCCGGCACACUGGUGUUAUGGUUGGGAUGGGUCAGAAGGAUGCCUAUGUAGGAGAUGAAGCACAAUCUAAAAGAGGUAUCCUUACUUUGAAAUAUCCUAUUGAGCAUGGUAUUGUGAGCAACUGGGAUGAUAUGGAAAAGAUCUGGCAUCAUACAUUCUACAACGAACUCCGUGUUGCUCCUGAGGAGCACCCUGUGCUUCUCACGGAAGCACCUCUCAACCCCAAGGCCAAUAGAGAAAAGAUGACUCAGAUCAUGUUUGAGACCUUCAAUGUACCUGCUAUGUAUGUUGCCAUCCAGGCCGUUCUCUCUUUGUAUGCCAGUGGUCGUACAACAGGUAUUGUGCUGGAUUCCGGUGAUGGUGUUUCUCACACCGUGCCAAUCUAUGAAGGAUAUGCCCUUCCACAUGCCAUCCUCCGUCUUGACCUUGCAGGUCGUGAUCUAACCGAUGCCUUGAUGAAGAUUCUUACCGAGAGAGGUUACAUGUUCACCACCACUGCUGAACGGGAAAUUGUCCGUGACAUGAAGGAGAAGCUUGCUUAUGUUGCCCUGGACUAUGAGCAGGAACUGGAGACUGCCAAGAGCAGCUCAUCUGUUGAGAAGAACUAUGAGUUGCCUGACGGACAAGUCAUUACUAUUGGAGCUGAGAGAUUCCGUUGCCCGGAAGUCCUCUUCCAGCCAUCUUUCAUCGGGAUGGAAGCUGCUGGAAUCCAUGAAACUACCUACAACUCUAUCAUGAAGUGCGAUGUGGAUAUCAGGAAGGAUCUCUAUGGUAACAUUGUGCUCAGUGGGGGUUCAACUAUGUUCCCUGGUAUUGCGGACCGCAUGAGCAAGGAGAUCACUGCUCUUGCUCCAAGCAGCAUGAAGAUUAAGGUCGUUGCGCCACCAGAGAGAAAGUACAGUGUCUGGAUUGGAGGAUCUAUCUUGGCAUCACUCAGCACCUUCCAGCAGAUGUGGAUUUCCAAGGGUGAGUAUGAUGAAUCCGGUCCAUCCAUUGUCCACAGGAAGUGCUUCUAAGUUUUGUAAUUGCUUUUGAUGGUGAUCUACAUUUUGCAUUUAGUUGGCUUUUUUUGUGUGCGGUGUUAAGUGAACUCCAAAGUCUGGUUUAUGUGGGGGAAGUUAGGGAUCAUUGUAGGACGGUGUACUUGAUAUUGACGUAUUAUUAUUUUAGUCUUUCACCGUAUCACCACCAUUAAGAUGAUGGGCCCUAAGGAGAUGGCGGUGGACGGACAAUUGGUGCUUAAUUCCUUCCUUACAAUCCAUCUUUGAACCAUGCUGCUUAAAAGGAUGUUUGGAGCUGGAGACUGGAUUGUGGUGCUUUUUUUAUUUAUUUAAUAUUCAAGGGUUUUGAGAACAUUAAUGUUAAUAGCUAUUAUUGUACGAGAUUUUUUUUAAAAAAAGUUAGUGUCAGUUUGCGCGGUCAAACUUCUGGGAAAAUUAUAUUUAAUAAAAUCAUAUUGUGAAUCCUUUUUGUUA